CUGACGAGAUGGACACAGACGAGGCAGAGUCAUCAGGGAGUGGAGGACCGAUGUCCUCGCUGAAUAGUCUGUUCUCCUUCACUAGUCCUGCAGUGAAAAAACUGUUGGGCUGGAAACAAGGAGACGAGGAGGAGAAGUGGGCAGAAAAGGCAGUGGACGCUUUGGUCAAAAAGCUGAAAAAACAGAAGGGAGCGAUUGAGGACUUGGAGCGAGCCCUCAGCUGCCCGGGACAACCGAGCAAGUGUGUAACCAUCCCACGCAGUCUGGAUGGUCGGCUUCAGGUUUCCCACAGGAAGGGUCUCCCACACGUGAUAUAUUGCAGGGUGUGGAGGUGGCCUGAUCUACAGUCUCACCAUGAACUCAAGCCUUUGGAACUCUGUCAGUAUCCCUUCUCUGCCAAACAAAAGGAAGUCUGCAUAAACCCUUAUCAUUACAAGAGGGUUGAAAGCCCAGUGCUGCCGCCAGUCCUGGUACCUAGACACAGUGAGUUUGCGCCGGGCCACUCCCUACUGCCGUUCCAACAGAUGCCAGAGCCUACGAUGCCUGCCAAUGUGUCGUACUCCACCAGUGGCUUUAGUGGUGGCCCCACCUCACCCCUCAGUAGUGUACCUUCCCCUGCCACGUCCAAUCCUCAUAGUCCCUACAGCGCAAACGGUCUGUCAGAAUCACCUCCGCCUGCUUAUAGUCCGCCAGAAGAGAGUCAGCAUGCGCCUUCGCCCCCUCUGAGCCGGGAUACAAUGGACACCACCAGCACAGAGGUCGCCCCAGUAUCCUAUCAGGAACCACUGUACUGGGCCAGUAUAGCGUACUACGAGCUGAACUGUCGAGUGGGGGAGGUGUUCCAUUGUCAAUGUCACAGUGUUAUUGUCGACGGAUUCACCAACCCAAGCAACAACCUCAACCGGUUCUGUCUCGGCCAGCUGAGCAACGUAAACCGCAACUCCACCAUUGAGAACACCAGGAGACAUAUUGGCAAAGGAGUGCACCUGUACUACGUGGGCGGGGAGGUGUAUGCAGAGUGUUUGUCAGACAGUGCCAUCUUUGUGCAGUCUCGCAACUGCAACCACCACCACGGCUUCCACCCCUCCACCGUGUGCAAGAUCCCUCCUGGUUGCUCGCUCAAGAUCUUCAACAACCAGGAGUUUGCUCAAUUGCUCUCCCAGUCAGUCAACCACGGAUUUGAGGCUGUUUAUGAGCUUACCAAGAUGUGCACAAUCAGGAUGUCGUUUGUGAAGGGUUGGGGUGCGGAGUACCAUCGGCAGGAUGUGACCAGCACUCCAUGUUGGAUAGAGGUUCACCUGCACGGACCCCUACAGUGGCUAGACAAGGUGCUUACACAGAUGGGCUCGCCUCACAACCCCAUCUCAUCAGUGUCAUAACCAAAGAUGCCAUCAACAUGUUGCGUUCCAAGAUCUCAGACUUUACCUUGCCAGAGAGGGUAAACAACGACGGAGUGAAUGUUUAAGGUCAUUUUUGUCAUUUCUAAGUGUUCAGCUCUACAAGUGAACUGUUUCAAAAUCUGGGCCUGGAUUUGCUUAGUUUUGUAUCAGUCACAUUGGUGAAGGAUCAUGUUAGGACGUUGCAAUUUUUCUCCUCCUUCGGUUACAAUGCUACACAGAUGUUAUCAUUUGACUCUUGAUACAACUAGACAUUCCAUCCCACCUUAAAGUUGGGACGUAAUUGAUUUGAGUCACGGACAGAGUGUGUGCUGGUAUAAAUUGCUGAUUUCUGACGAAUACGCUGACUUUUUACCAAGUCAACCUGAUAGGAAAACUUAUGGACACUAAAAUCUAGGCUGUCACAUCAAAUCUCUCAGAACCACCAAUUAUGUAAGAAAAUUGAAUAUUGUACUGUAGCACAUUCUGUGAGGGACUCUUUCAACUAUGUUUUUUAUAAAUAAAAGAUUGGCGACAUCGGGUCCAUAUAGAUGGGAUGGCUACUUCACUAUCCAAAGUCAAUGAUAUAAUCUGAUUUUCAUUGUGUGAAGCUAUUGCGAUAAGUUUGAAAAUAUAAAUCUCGCACACAUAUAUGUACUUUUGAAUCCUAAACGCUGUGUCCAUUGUCGGUUUUGUAAGGGAAAUCUAUGAGCCUAAUUAAGGAGGUUUUUUAGAAAGGUAGUUCAGUUAGCUAACUUGAGAAAGAAUAGAGUUUAAAAGCUCAUAGGUUUACUAGAAAAGGUCACAAACUAAAUAUAAUUUCAGCAUGUGAUAGGACAUAUUCAGAAAGUAUGGUUAUGAGAAACUCUCUGAAUAUGUCCUCAAGGAAUAAAUAUUGUGGUUCGACCUUUUUUUGUGUAUCCAUACCCUGAACAAUUGGUUACCAUUUUUAUUGUUUGGCAAAAACGCAAAACAAAAGAUGUUCAUCAAAGUAUGCAAGGUACCAAAACUUAGUCUUGAUCACAGGUCCAGUGAGAAUUACUUUUAGAGCUCAUUUUAAUGAAAUUAAGGAAAAUAGUGGUUGGGGAACUGUCAUGAAAGUUCAAUAACGCAUUCAUAAGUCUACCUUCUAAAUAGUUUCAGAACAUAAAUUCAAAUUGUCUGUAAAUUUCACCAAAUUUAAAUGUAUAUUUUUUAAAGUUUGUUUGUCUAUUGUAUGUAUUGGACCUCUCCAGUCCGCGUCUACCAAUCAGGUGCAAUAUACUCCGCUUGACGGAGUUUGAGAUUUAUUUGUCUUAGUUUUUGUUUCUUAACGUUAUCUAGAGGAGAUUGUAGUUAAAUGUGUAUUUAUGUAAUAUUUUAGCACUUGUGUUAAGUUCCUCUGUUGAAGUUUUCUGUUUUUAUUUUAUUUGUUGUAAAUUUGGAACAAACCUGCUCAUUCUUUAGAUUUAAGGUUGUCAACGAGUGUGUGCGAUAUUGUGAAUAAAAUGUCUCGUAAGUCUUGCCCUGGAAACUUAUCUUUGGUUAGAUACAUAUUUUAUUAUAUUGUUUUUAAAUAUUUUAGUGCUGUUGUUCAGUCGAGUAUUAGAUAGUUUUAUGUAGGAUGAGUUUUAUUUUAAUAAUUCAUAUUGUUUACGUCUCAUGUUGGAUUUAGUUGAAAGUUUUACGUAUUCAUUUGCUCUGGAAACUUCCAAGGUGAUCUCACAGACCUAAAAAUCAAACCAGUACAAAAGAAAUAUGUUAAAACAAAGAUUUAGAUCGAUAUUAGGAAUAUAUAUUGCAGCAAACAAAAGGGUAAAGCUUAAUGAUUUGUUAAUAAUGUAGAUAAUGUUUUCUUGCUAAACUUUUAAAUUUACAUUGGAAGUAAAAACGAUAAUAAUUAAGCUAGCUACAAAUAAACAUUAGUAAAGGGUAAUUUACUAUUACAAAAAUUGCAAACUUACAAUUAGGUCGACGAAAUAGUAUAAUAUUUGCAUGUAUGAAGUUUUUAUUAUACACUAAUGUUUACAUGAGAUUUUUUAUCAGCCAUACAAGUUUUACGAUUAUAUUUUUGAUACUUAAUAAAUAUUAUUCACUUCAGUUUUGUCCUGCAUAAUGAAUGGCACAAAAAGCAUGAAUAUUUUGAUACUUUUUUUAUUUUGUUUCAAUCAAUGAUAAUGUUAGUUGUUAAGAGUUAUUAAAUAAUUUACUCCACAUAUCUGGUAACACGUGGCAUAAUCAUAAUUACUAGAAACUGUAAGUAAAUAUUGUUUAGUAAUAAUAUUAUUUUAAACAGACUUGUAAAAUACUACCCUUGAUGUGCAUGGUAAGGUAUUGCAUUUAUUUCUAUUGUUACAAAAUGUUAAAACAUCCAAAUAUUUUUUUUUUUAACUAUGUGUCAUUCGAGCAUGAAAUUGAAAUAUUUUUAUAUGUUAACUCUUGAAUUGUUUUUGUUUGCCUGUAUUUAAGGAUGAAAGAUUGGUUACCACUUUUCUUAAUGUUCAUUUUAUAUUGCUAGACACUUAACUUUAUAAUUCAUUUCAAUAACUUUAAGAAGUUUAUAAUCUAUACAAAUAAGAGAAAAGUGAGAAUUUAAGAAUAAUUUUUGUACAAAACCGAAAUUUAUAUAUACAAUCUGUAGAACUGGUUCUCAGCUGGUAUUUUAAGUUCUUUGUUGAUGUUACACAAUAUGUCGUAAUGAAUGUGAUUUGUAAUUGCUGUUUCAAUAUCUUUUUGUUAUGUACAAAUUUAUUUGUCAGAAGUAUUGCAGCUGUUGUAUUAUAAUAGUUUAAAAUUCACAGAAAGUAUUGACAGAUUUUGACAGUCAUAAGUCGUAGUUAGGUCCACUUGUGUACUGCAAAAAGUAUUGAAAACUAUUUUUGGUAUUGAACCUGCAACUUGCGCAAAGUUUGUGAGCUCAUCAUCCACUCACCCAUCCAGCUCUUUUGUGAAUGAUAUGAAUAAACAACCGAUUCAUUACUAAACAAUUUAAAUUUUGUGGACCCCUAUUGUGCUAAUAGAUAACAAUACAUAUUUAUCUCUAUUCAGUAGUCGAUGGCGAUAUUGACUUAAAAUACCUGAUUGCUUAAAAGUUUGCUAUGAAGUUUUCACACAUCAACUUUAUCCGUCAAGGCGUAAUGCAGAACUUCGCUUAGAGAGAGCACAAAUUAAAAAGCAUAUAUGUUUUUAUGAUACUAAAAUUAAAUGUAAUUGCCAAAAUAAAUCAGGACAUAUUUAAUAAUUUUUGUAAAUUUCUCAUACUUUCUGUGAAUUUUUAAUCAGAAAUGUUUCUAUGAACAACGCCUUUAUGGUAUGUGAAUUCAAUAUACAAUUGUCAAAAUAUCCACUGAGUCUAUACAAUUCUUGAAUCAUAGAACUUAUAUAUUUUUGUGACAACUAAUUUGACCUACCCUGGUUGUAUUGACAAUUGUAUACUAGAAUGAUGCUUUUACAAAUGAUCAGUAUGAUCUAACAGUUUGCCUUUGUUUUGUGCCUUUUGCGCUGGUACCCUUUGUUCCCCUGGGAGUGAAUUGAACCUUUUUAGAUACAUUGCGAAAUAAAUUAUUUUAGUUUGUACAUUUCCGUUUACAAAUUUAAUGUACAAACCAAACACACUUAAAAUGACAAUAAAUUUCACCUGAGACCCUAAAAUGGGGUAUUUUGUGAGCAGGAAAUGUUUUAAAUGUAAAGCCCCAAUGAGUGAAAACUCAUUUUUAUUAAAGAAGAAUAUCAGUAGAAACUAGACAACAUUCUUGUGUUAUUCUUUGGAGGAUGAGCAAACUGUUGAAGUUUGCUUGUUUCUGGAUGUAUUCUAAUCCGAUUUGCCAAUCUGGUGAACUUCUUUAUUCUAUUCCAAAUCAUUUUACUAUAAAAACACUUUUCUACCCUAUAGCAGCAAACUUAUAGUGCUUGUUAAACCUAAUGUGAUUUAAAUGGAGAAUAAAUCUGACUGUUUGCUGUGUAUAACUGAACAAUUUUGAAAGUAAAAUACUUGUAACUACUGUAGUAUUUAUAUUGGUCCGGUUCACUCCCAGUGUUAGCUUGUGUAGCGUCCCGCUGGCCAUCAAUGUUCUGUGAUACAGAACCCAGAAGACAUCUUCACAAUGAUCUGAGUGUCAUGUCAUUCCAUUCCUGUGUCUCAUGCUCCAUUAUUAAAACGUGUGUUUUUCUA